AUGAACGAGAAGCAGACACUCGCACACUUUCUUGAGAACAAGAACUUUACAGCGACCAAGAAGUACCAAAAGAAGAAGAAAGAAGACAAAGAAGAAGUAAAAGACAGUUUAAUAAUAGUAAAUGGAGAAGUAGUAAUAAAUAAUGGACUAAAGAAUGAAUCAGAAGACAGAACUGUCAUAGAAGACAGGAUGACAGCCUUCUCAUACGGCCGAGCCACCAGCAAAGGCAGGUGGUCAAAGGAGGAGACUAUUUUAUAUUAUAAGGGGCUAUCUUUAUGUGGGACUGAUUUCACUCUCCUUGAGAAGAUAUUCACGGACAAGACGCGUAGACAGAUAAAGAAUAAGUUCAGCAUAGAAGAGAAGAAGUAUCCAGAGCGGGUUAGUCAUGCCCUAUCAUCACACAGGAUAUUCAAGAAGGAAGAAUUAGAUGCACUUAGGAAGGAGUAUACAGAGAUAAAAUAAGUGUAAAACAAAAAUUAUUAAAAAUAACG